AUGACCUGGGAAAACCAUUCACUGUGGUUGGAAUUUGUGUUCCUAUCCUAUCCCACCAAACCACACCUGCGUGUCCUGACCUUCCUAGGAGUCACGCUGGUUUAUAUUUUUGUCAUCACUGGCAAUGCCCUCAUCAUGGGGGCCAUCUGGACAGAAACUCGCCUACACAUGCCCAUGUACUAUAUGUUGGGCUCCCUCUCUGGGAUUGAAGUGUGCUACACCGCAGUGGUGGUGCCACACAUGAUGGCCAAUAUCCUGCAGUCUGAUAGGACCAUUGGCCUCCUGGCCUGUGCCACUCAGAUGACUUUCUUAAUCGGCCUUGGCAGUGCUGACUGCUUCCUCUUGGCUGCCAUGGCCUAUGACCGCUAUGCUGCCAUUUGCCACCCCUUGCAAUACCCUCUCAUCAUGACUUUAACACUCUGUGGACGCUUGGUGGUGGCCUCUGUAACUGUUGGCUUGUUCUUGUCCUUUCAACUGGCUGUCUUCAUCUUCUCUCUGCCAUUUUGCCAGGUACGAGGUAUCCAGCACUUCUUCUGCGAUAUUCCACCCUUGAUGUGUUUGCUUUGUUCCAACAGUCACAUCCAUGAGCUCUCCGUUUUGGUGGCAGCCACUCUGGCCAUUGCUGUGCCUUUCUUCCUCAUUGCAGCCUCCUAUGCCUUCAUCGUGAAUGCUGUGCUCAAGAUCAAGUCUGCAGCUGGCCGCCAGCGGGCCUUCUCCACCUGCUCCUCCCACCUCAUGGUGGUCUUGCUGCAGUAUGGCUGUUGCGCAUUCAUGUACCUGCGCCCCAAAUCCAGCUUUAACCCCAAGAAAGAUCAGUUUGUCUCACUAAUAUACAUAUUUGGAACCCCACUGCUCAACCCUCUUAUCUAUACCCUAAGGAAUAAUGAGAUGAAAGGGACGCUAGGAAAAAUUCUUAGCAGGAAAUGUCACCUCCGGAACAACUAG